AUCGUCUUCUUGGAGAUAUGAACGGCGAUGAGCUUCCUUUCGAAAGGGGUUUCGAGGUUUACGCUAAGGGAACGCAUAAGUCUGAGUUUGACUCAAAUUUGCUUGAUUCUCGGUCUGAUCCUAUUUGGGAUGCUAUAAGAGAAGAGGCUAAACUUGAGGCAGAGAAAGAGCCUAUUUUGAGUAGCUUCUUGUAUGCUGGUAUCUUGGCACAUGACUGUUUAGAGCAAGCUUUAGGGUUUGUUCUAGCCAACCGUCUCCAAAACCCAACCUUGUUGGCAACUCAACUCUUGGAUAUAUUUUAUGGUGUUAUGAUGCAUGACAAAGAUAUUCAGAGUUCGAUUCGCCAUGAUAUUCAGGCAUUUAAAGAUCGUGAUCCUGCUUGUCUCUCGUAUAGUUCUGCUAUUUUACAUCUGAAGGGGUAUCACGCAUUGCAAGCAUAUAGGGUUGCGCAUAAACUGUGGAAUGAAGGGCGGAAACUAUUAGCUCUUGCAUUGCAAAGCCGAAUAAGCGAGGUUUUUGGAAUUGACAUUCAUCCAGCGGCAAGAAUUGGGGAGGGAAUAUUGUUGGAUCAUGGAACUGGAGUGGUCAUCGGUGAGACCGCUGUGAUAGGCAACGGUGUCUCGAUCUUACAUGGGGUGACUUUAGGAGGAACCGGGAAGGAAACUGGCGAUCGUCACCCAAAAAUAGGUGAAGGUGCAUUGCUUGGAGCCUGUGUGACUAUACUUGGCAACAUUAGUAUAGGUGCUGGGGCAAUGGUAGCUGCUGGUUCACUUGUGUUAAAGGAUGUUCCUUCGCAUAGUGUGGUCGCUGGAAAUCCUGCAAAACUGAUCAGGGUCAUGGAAGAGCAAGACCCGUCGUUAGCAAUGAAACACGAUGCUACGAAAGAGUUCUUUCGACAUGUAGCUGAUGGUUACAAAGGGCCACAAUCUAACGGACCGUCGGUUUCAGCAGGAGAUACAGAGAAAGAACACACUAACCGCACAACAUGAGAUCCAUGUAUGCAAUUUGCUUAUCAUCAUUAGCUAAUCCUUGUAUGCGAUUUGCUUAUCAUCAUAAGCUAAUCUCAGCAUUUUCUCAAAUAAGUUGUUUAAUAAAAGAUUUUGAUCACU